CUACCAAAAACAUGGAAUCUAAAAUACAUGGCUUCCAUCUAGUUAUAUUAUUAGGAUUUGAAUUUGAAAUACUAUAAUCUAAAUAAUGUUCAACUUGUUAACCCUUAACCCUUAAGCAUAAACAACCCAUUACCAAUUGUUCAUCUCAGAUCCAGAUCAUUCAAGUCAAUUUCCUAUAAAUUCUACCCAUCACGCAUUCCCAUCACUCUUACAGCAUCCCAAUCAAUCUCGGAUCCCACAAAACGAUUCAAUUCUUAUAUCAUUUACAAACCCUAAAGAAAAGCCAGAAGAAGAAAAUGGGGUGUGUAUUGAAACUCAUAGAUGCAGUGUUAUUACUGUUCUUUCUUCUAAUGUCAGUGGUGAUUCCAUUGUUUGAUGCCCAGAAUUGUUUGCCUCAGGAGUAUUAUCCUGAGGCUUUGGUAAAUCUUAAUUCGUGGUAUAGUAAUGAGUAUGGAGAUUAUUUAGUGGUUGAGAAGCCACAUUUCUUUGUUGGUCUUGUUUGGAUGGAGUUUUUGGUUCUUUGGCCUCUAUCCAUUCUUAAUCUUUUUGCUCUUAUUUCUUCCAAGCCUUGGUUUGGCUCUACCUGCUUGAUCUAUGGCGCUUCUGUCACCACAUCCAUGGCGGCAAUACUCUCGGAAUUAAUCAAUUCUGGCAAAGCUUCAGAUACAUUGAAGAUGGUGUACUACCCAUUCUUGGGCUUAGGGUUGCUAGCAGUCCUACGAGGCUUGCUCCCAUCAUCAUGCAAGACCGAAGGUAGCGCAAAGCGUGUCAUUGCACCAAGGAAGAAGAGGGCUUGAAGUUAUUGGCAUUGCUUUGCCUAUUUUGCUAUUCAUUGAAUGUUAACGUUCCCAUUUAUUCAGUUUCUGUGGCCACAAUUUAAGUGACGCAUUUUGGUCGCUAAUCACAAUGUAUUUGGGAUUGUUAUUUCUGUAUUUUCUCGAAAUCGGAUCAUUAGUAUCAGUUAAUAUUUUCCUUC